AGCUCUUUGUAUUCGCUAUUAUUUUUUGCCUGCAAAAGAUAUAGAAAUACUUCUUUAGUAUUCCCAAAUUACUUUGGAGACAGAGCCAAAAAGAUAUAUAUACACACACACACACAAACACACACAAUAUAUAUAUAUAUAUUUCACUCAAAUUAAAAAAAGAAAAUUAAAAGAAUCUGAUGGCCGAUACGACCAAUAAACGUCCAAAGACAUCGGACUCUGAUUCAAGCGAUAUUGAAAGCGACUCGGAUUAUUCUCUCGACUAUGAGUUUCUUGGUCCACGCGAUCCAAACUACCGAGAUUCUGAUGAUGCAGACAGUGAUUGCUCGGAAUUGUCAGAAGAACUACCCUCACGCCCACUCGGGUUCGACAUGUGGGAUGAGGAUCUUCACAGCACGAAUGACUAUACGUGGCAAUCCAACGACAUUCGUCUAACUCAUUUUGUCAGGCACCACCACGCGGCCACAAAUCAAACCGGGCCGAGUUUCUGGCGCAAGGAUCGUGGGUGGCCACGCCAGCUGCCUGCCAGCCGUUCCACAACAAACCAUGAUCAAAGUGCAAACGCAAUGUGUCUUGUAGUCUCAAACUACGGUGUGGAUGAACAACUCUAUGCUGUCUACCGAGACCGCAUUCUCGAGUCCGGUAGUCCUUCCCGCACAACUCGCUCAACCAAAAAUAAAAAAAUCGCCAGUCCACGCCAAACAACCUGGCUUGAAACACCCUCUAAUCACUCUCUUGUCCUACCACCACCACCACCAAUAUCAUCAUCAUUAGCUCCAAUAUCAGCCAAAUCGCAAUCGCAAUCGCAAUCACAAUUGUCCCAAAGCGAAAAAUUCAAUGAAACCCAUGCGUCUUCUGUACAUCCAACCACACAACCAAAACGGCAUAUUUCCCAGCCAAAACUCACGACUGAUCCGUGCUUGGCAAAGUUUAAACGGUUUACAAAGUAUGUUCGCCGACAGGACUAUCCCGCCGUGCCACUCGGAGAGGCGUAUCUACCACUCGGUUUCGAACCACUCUGUCUGGCCCAGAAAUACGGUUACAUGGCGAUCGGUGGAAUCGAGGGUGAGUUUGAACUCUAUUGCUGCAUGGACCGCAAACAGCCCAUCAAGAUCUGGGGAACCAAGUUCAAGGGCAAAAACAACAUCAUGCUCAUGACCAACUCAGUCCAGAUCGUUCGCUGGGAAAUCAGCCCCGGAAAAUACGAGCAUCUCUUGAUCGUCUGUGUGAACGAAGCCGGUGUAUUGAUCUACACCCUUCCGCCCCACCACCAUUGCGCACAGUCCAGUCAUUCAACCCAAUCAAGUUUGGCCCCAGCCGCCGCAAAACAGCACACCCAUCUUCGCCAUUUUGACCGAGUACCGAUCAACGACGCUCAGGUCAGUCCAAACGGGAAACACAUGGCCUGUGUCGGGGAUGACUAUGCCGUCUUCUUACUCGACAUCCAACUCGCCCGCAACUCGGUCCUUUUCGGUUCUCCCACAAAACUCCCUAUCUGCCCAAACUCAUUAAGCUCAUUCAGCGCCACAAAACCAGCUCCUGCCUACUCAUCCCAAUACGUCGCCUGGAACACUUCAUCAACCCAAUUCGCUCACACCUCAGACUCACACCACUGUGUCCUCGUCUGGGAUGUCGCCCAGCAACACAUCAUCCGCACCAUCGACAGCGCAGGGUACACCUAUGCCAUCCAGUUCCACCCCCAUCUCGAAAACAUGCUUGUCUUCACAAAUCGCUAUGGAUACUUCCACACCGUACAGUGGCAAGACAACCAUUCGCCUGCCCGUCACGAAAUCUCAUUGGUCUCUUUUCGCGGCGAAAAGGAUCGUCGUCUACGCAUCCUGGCUAAAAUCAAUGGCAUUCAGUGGUCCCACCAUGGCAAAUGUCUGUAUGUCUCAACAAAACGGCGCAUCCUUGCCUACGAACUCCAGAUGUUUGCACACAAGGUCCCUUCCCUCGCCAGCAUUGCCUCGCACCAAGCAAAAGAACAUUUGGCCACUAAAUUUUCGCUUAAACGAAAACGAUCCUGGCAAUCUCCUGAUCAUCCUCACUGGAAAUCCAUACCAUUAUCCGUCAAAGAAGAAUUGUUUCGCGAGGCAUCCCUUUCCAGUCAUUAAUCUUUUUAUAUAUAUAUAUAUAUAUAUAUUUUAUAAUCUUAUCUUUACAUUCACAUAGUACACAAACUCACACACAAACUCACAGAUACUCAAACCCACACUUACGCAUUCACACACUUCACACUCAUGCUCACUUACCAUGCUCAUUACAUAAAUAGUUUUAUUUCAUGAUAAAAAAAUGUACAAACUAAAAAAAUGUCAAACCAAAUAUAUAUUUCUCAUUUCCUCACUCAAAGUCAUGUCAACUUUACUUUGCACACACGCAUAUAAUAUAAUAUAUAUAUACUUCUUUUAACA